UGAUUUUCACCUUGUUUCAGAUAUAUAUAUAUAAUCGACUUUUUGAUUUGAUUCGUAUCGAUUAACACGAUUAUCACGCGACAAAUGCAAAUGCGAGAGGAAUUAAGUUCGAGAUCGAGUUUGACGCGUAUUGACUGACAGCGUGAUUGAAAUAAUCGAAUAAUGGAAAGCAGCAGCGGUCAUGAUCAUCAUCGAAUACAGCGACAAUCAUCCGCUGAUAUUAAAAAUUCGCGAUUUUAAAAAUAAUUCCAGAAACGAGAGCUUAACGAACGAUCAAAGCAUCAACGAGUCCGACAAGAAGGGACCCUGCAAGUCGUCAUUUCAAAAUCACACACAGAAAUAUAUCAGUCUCAACAAUUCCUUGAAUUUAUCGCUUGCAAACGACAGAAUAGGUGUCGCCAAGUAUGACUUCGAAUAUCUCUGGAAGAUCACCACAGAUAAAAGCAAUAAUACAGCAUUACGCGAAGGAAGUGAUUCAAAGCGACUCAAAGAGGAAGAAACGUCAAAGAUCUGGAUUAAAAAAAAACAGAGAUUUUUAACAAUCUGCACGGUGAAUUGCAAGUACGACGUGGUUAGACGUGUGGCCGUGCGAUUCGGAAUGAGGGAAGUUACGGAGGACAGCAGUUGGAAUCUCUAUUGGACCGACCUAAGCAUCAAUGUAGAGCGUGUCAAAGACAUGAAGAGGUUCCAGAGGGUCAAUCAUUUCCCCGGGAUGACAGAGAUAUGUAGAAAGGAUCUACUCGCUCGUAAUCUCAAUCGCAUGCAGAAGCUGUUCCCGAAGGACUAUAAUUUUUUCCCGAAAACUUGGUGCUUUCCCGCGGAUUAUCGUGACGCGAAAGUUUACGCCAAGUCGCGGAGACUAAAAACCUUCAUCGUCAAACCGGAUGCCGGCUGCCAAGGUCGUGGUAUUUAUUUAACAAAACAUUUAAAGGACGUUAAAUCAAGCGAACGUUUGAUUUGUCAAGUAUACAUCACAAGGCCCUUCUUAAUUGAUGGAUACAAAUUUGAUCUACGUAUUUACACACUAAUCACGUCAUGUGAUCCUCUCAGAAUCUAUGUAUAUAAUGAAGGACUCGUGAGAUUUGCAACCAGCAAAUACAAGGAACCGAUCGGAUAUAAUAUUUCUAAUAUGUUUAUGCAUUUGACAAAUUACUCCGUUAACAAGCAUAAUCGAAUGUAUAUUAUUGAUGAUGAAAUUGGUAGCAAAAGAAAAAUAUCAACAUUGAAUAAGUGGUUUAAAACGAAAAAUAUCGAUGUAGAUGAAUUAUGGAAUAAAAUCGACGAAAUUAUAAUUAAAACUAUAAUUGCCGCAUAUCCUGUAUUGAAACAUAAUUACCAUGCGUGUUUCUCGAUGCACAAUAUGACUUGCGCGUGUUUUGAGCUAUUGGGAUUCGACAUUUUGCUCGACUGGAAGCUCAAGCCUUACCUUCUUGAAGUAAAUCACUCGCCAAGCUUUCACACAGAUGCACAGAUAGAUAAAGAUGUAAAGGAAGGAUUGCUGAUGGACACCUUCGAUAUAUUAAAUUUACAACAAUAUGAUAAAAAGAAAAUAAUAGAGGAAGACAGGAAGCGAAUCAGAGAGCGACUUCUUCAAGGCUUAAACGGAAAGGAUCUCAGAAACGAGAACAAUUACAUGCAGAGGCAAUUUCAGUGGGAGGACGACCACAUGGGCAAUUUCCGAAGAAUUUAUCCAUGCUUUGACGAGGAUAAAUAUCAGUCUUUCUUCACACAGAAUGCUCUUUCCGUUUUCCAAGAUACGAUGGCGUCAAGAGCGCGCGAAGAAGCGUCGAGAAUAGAGAGAGAAGAAAACGAGUUAAAAGCAAAAGAGGAAGAACGCAAACGAAUAGUCGGGAAAUGGAACGAGCAAAAAUUACACCCUGAAAGUUCAAACGCACCAAAGAAAUUGCAACAGAAAAGUAAAUCCGCAAGCAUGAUAAGGAAAAACAUCAAUAAGCAGGAUGCAGAGGGAUCUCCUACCAACACCCUGUAUUCUUUCGAGCCUGAAAUCAUAUCGGAAUCUGAAGAGAGGGAACGAAUAACGGCUAUGGAGCAGAGGGAAUUUCUCAUCAAGAGCUACGGCUUGCUCGAACAGAUAUACGUAGCGAUGAAGAGAAACGGUAUGUUACGAUCCGCCGACGAGAGAAAGUACGGUUUGUACGGCAAGUUGGGAUUACGCGCAAACAUGAACCACAGCACAUGCUCUUCCUCGUGCAAGUCUUAUCAUUGUCAAAACGGCCAUCUGGAUAUCACGCAAGCAGCCGCGAACCAAUAUUCCCUGAGAGUGAAUGAACAUAAAUCGAUGAAUCAGCGUGAGUUUACAAAUGCAAAUAGAAGCUUGUGGAUAACAUGCAACGAGGCGUUCGUUUACGAUCGUCCGAAAAUAUUACAAAAACUGUGGAUGGAAGAAAUAAAUUCUAAUAAUCACAUCGGACGCGUAACAAAGGCACACGUUGCUAGAACAUUGUCGAAUACCAUUCGGCUACACACACUCGAGAGAAGAGAAUCCUCCCAUUUGAUGAAAUCUAAAGUUGAUGUUACCACUCAGCACUGAGGAUGAACGGGUCAUCUUCUCUAACUGGAAUUUUAAAAAGCAAAAAAAUAUGCUAUAUAAUACAUAUAUAAAGAAUUAUUUUUUCGAAAGAUA